AGUUGUUCUAUCAUCUGCUAAAUUCUCCUUGCAUGCACUUUUUGCUAAGGAAGAGAAAAUGGGGAAAAAAGCACUUUGGUGGUGUUUGGUUUUGACAUGCCUUUUGGUUCCUCUAGCAGGUGAUGGAUUGAAGAUGAACUUGAACAAUUAUUGUGAGAGUUGGAGGAUGAAUGUGGAGCUGCACAACAUUAGGGACUUCCAAGUUGUGCCUGAAGAAUGCAUCGAGUACAUUGGGAAAUAUGUCACUUCCACACAGUACAAAGUGGACUCACAGAUGGCAACUGAAGAAUGUCUGGUUUAUCUCAGCACAAGCUGUAAUCUGAAGAGAGAUGGCUUGGAUGCUUGGAUUUUUGACAUUGAUGAUACCUUACUUUCAACUCUUCCUUACUACGAGGAUAAUCUACAUGGGGGAAGGAAAGUGAGUAUGACAUCUCUAGAGGAAUGGAUGAAAAAGGGUAAUGCACCUGCUCUUGAUCACUCAUUGAAGCUUUACAAUGAACUUAAAUCCAAGGGUGUGCAAAUCUUUUUGGUUACUUCAAGGAGGGAACAUCUCAGAUCAGCCACAAUUGACAACCUUGUAAAAGUUGGUUACUAUGGUUGGACUAAAAUUAUCUUUAGAGACCCUGCAAAUGAAUUGGUAUCAGUGAAGAAGUAUAAAUCUGAUGUGAGAAAGCAAAUAAUAAAAGAUGGUUAUCGCAUUUGGGGCAUUCUGGGAGACCAAUACAGUAGCAUUGAAGGAAUUCCAAGCCCUGAAAGAGCAUUUAAACUCCCAAAUCCAAUGUACUAUGUUGCCUAAUGUGUAAUUGUAUUGUUUCUUUCCUCGUUUACAACUUUUAUUAAAAAGUAACUUGUUCCAUGUAAUUGGACAUGUAGAUGGUCCAGAAAUAAAAAUAAUUUACAUUAUAAAUGUCUUGUGAAAUCUUACUUCAAAA